GCUCGGGGCGCGCGGUGGCUGGAGGCGUGUCGGGGUGUUUGGGCUCCCGAUGGGGCCGGAGCGGUCGGGUCAGGAGGGUAAGAAGCGGCCUCCAUCGCCGAGCCGUGAGAGCCGGAAGCGGAUCAAAGGUAGAUAAGCAAGAGAGAAGAAAAAAUAAAUUCAAGGUUUUUGGAUUAUGGAUACAAUAGAAAUUGAACAGAAGAGCUGAGGCUUAGCUUUGGGGCCCUGUGUAAAUUCUUCAGCCCUCCAUGUCAAGUUUUCAUCUAUGUAAAGAAGGUGCAUCCUUCGGGAGACAGGCCAAAGAAAGUUCUGCAGAACAGAGCAGCCUGAAACAAGGGAUGGCAACACCAUCGGGCCUCCAGGUGCAGGGGAAGAGCAGGGUCCUCGGGCAGGAGACCCUGUGCAAACAGUUCAGGCAGCUGCGCUAUGAAGAGACAGCCGAUCCUCGAGAGGUUCUGCGCCAGCUCCGCGAGCUCUGCCAUCAGUGGCUGCGGCCCGAGACCCGCACCAAGGAGCAGAUCCUGGAGCUGCUGGUGCUGGAGCAGUUCCUGAGCAUCCUGCCCGAGAAGCUGCAGGCCCGGGUGUGGGAACAGCACCCAGAGAGUGGGGAGGACCUGGUGGGAAUACUGGAGGACUUGCAGUCACAGUGUGGAGAAACAAGACAGAAGGCCUUAGACCAGAGAAAGGAACAGGAGCCUCUGGUUGAAGAGACAGCCCCUCCCAAGAUGGUUCUGCCAGAGUGUGUGGUUGUGAGUCCUGAGCAAGAGAAGGGUGAAGAGGCAAGGACUGACCAUGGAAAGCUUGAUGCAAUGACAGACUCCAGUGGGAAUGUGCGAUCAUCUGAACCCAUCGAGGCCCCUUGUGAGGACUCCUACUUGGAAAGGCAGCAGGCCAAGCCCAAGGAGAAGCUUGAUGGACGGUGCUCUGAAAAUAAGGAGGAACUCACCCAGCACCCAGACCUGACUGAGCGUGAAGGGGCAUGUGCAGGGGAAGAGCUGUGCCAAUCUGCCUUGUGUCCCACUUCUGCUCCUACUGGACAUCAGGUCCUCUCGAGAGAGAAAUGUCAUCCAUGCCAUGAGUGUGGUAAAGUCUUUCAGAGGAGCUCACACCUCGUUAGACACCAGAAAAUCCACCUUGGCGAGAAGCCUUAUCAGUGCAGUGAGUGUGGGAAAGUCUUCAGCCAGAACACGGGCCUUCUAGAGCACCUCAGGAUCCACACCGGGGAGAAGCCCUACCUGUGUAUCCACUGUGGGAAGAACUUCAGGCGCAGCUCUCACCUGAAUCGUCACCAAAGAAUUCACAGUCAGGAGGAGCCCUGUGAGUGCAAGGAGUGUGGGAAAACCUUCAGCCAGGCCCUCCUCCUCACACACCAUCAGAGAAGCCACAGCCAUUCCAAAAUCCAUCGGUGCAGCGAGUGUGGAAAAGCCUUCAGUCUGGCCUCAGACCUUGUUCGACACCACAGGAUUCACACUGGGGAGAAACCUUUCAAGUGUAAAGUAUGCCAGAAAGCCUUCCGACUCAACUCACACCUCGAUCAGCACGUCAGAACCCACAAUGAGGAAAAACCCUACCGGUGUAACGAGUGUGGAGAAGCAUUCAGGCAGAAGUCAGGUCUCUUUCAGCAUCAGAGGCAUCACCACAAAGGCAAACUGGCUUGAUGAGGGUCCCUUCUUACAGAGCUUCACGGGGGAGGGGAGAUCACUGUAGCCAACUGUGGCAUUAGAAUUCUUGGGAGUGAGCCGAGCAUGGUGGCACACGCCUUUAAUCCCAGCACUCGGGAGGCAGAGGUAGGAGGAUUGUCGUGAGUUCGAGGCCACCCUGAUACUCCAUAGUGAAUUCCAGGUCAGCCUGAGCUAGAGUGAGACCCUACCUCAAAACACCAAAAAAAAAAAAAAAAAAAAUUAUUGGGUGUGGCAAGUUAGAAACUGUUUGCCUCCAUCGCUUCUCUCCUCUGUUUUUCUCAGUGUCACCUUUGGACUACAGUGUCAUCCCUGUGGGUACCGGGACAUCAAAGUUAAACCAUGUUCUUCAUUCCAGGACUUCCCAGAGCCUUUAAUGUGAUAAAUGCAUGAUUGUGUAUCUCUCAGGAAGAGCCUCGUGACUGAGCACAAUCUCUGGAAUCAGCAGCAAAUUGAGCAUCCUCAGAUUUACACAGGAAAAGAGGAAAAGAGCAGGCUGAUGCUUUUGUGAUUGCUGUGGCAGCAGGGUCCUGAGAAAUGAAACAACCAUGUUUGGAAAUGCACCACUCUCAAAGCUAUCUUCCAGUAAAGAUUAACCCAACACUGCCCACUGGCUCACCCUCUCCCACCCCCUGGCCUUGUCUUCACUUUUCCUGUGCACAGUGGAAACAUUUUUAGAAAAUGAAGGUGAUCUUUUCCAGCUUUGCUAUAGAACCUACACCCAGAAUUAGCUCAUGUCACUUUGCUCCCCACCCCUUCCCCUCCCCCCUUCAUCACAUUACUUCACAAGAUCAAAGUUUCACUUAGACUGUACAGGAGAGCUCAUGAGUCCUUUGAAGGAAUUGUGCUGAAUUAAUCCAAGUUUUCUGGAUUGGCUCCUCCAGAACUAGUACAGUCGCUGCUUCUUGACACUGUUCAGAUGUGUGCAGUGGAAGAAACUGGGCCUGUUCCUAUCGCUGUGAGUAGUGAUUAGGAGUGAGCUAGCUCUGUUUUGUAGGCUGCUAGUCAGGGUUGCAGGCUCAAAAAGAAAAAAGGCCUGAGUCAUGCCGUCUCCCCGGGAUGUGGCCGGCCUAUUCAAAGUAUCCAGACCUCGGUCUAGCUCAUCAGCCUGUCUGGAGCCCCACAUGCAUCCCGAAUAACCAGCACAGUACAUCCAACUUGGUACUUCAUUUACCUCCCCAAGGGUGUAAAACCCCCUGACCCAGGCCACUCCAGCAACCCAUUCUUGAUCCGUUUUGGCCUAGGAGCUGCUCUUUGUGCUUUCACUUUGUUUUCCUAACAAACCCUGGUUUAACUGGUCUGCUGAGUCUGCACUCGUCUGUCUGCCCAGGUUGGAAGACAAGAACUGAAGAGCCACUGGCUUGGGGCAUCUUAGUGACCUAACAUCUGGCACACUCAAACACACUCCAUAGCUCUCAAAACCAGCAACAGUAUCAAUGGUGCCGUUUUUAAAUGUUGCUUGUUGGAAUGUGUUUAACUAUCAAACAAUAAAGUCAGCCUGGACCGCAGGGGUGAUGCUUCCAGUACAUCACCAGAAUGGUAAACUGGACUUACUGGUUGGUCACUGUACAGGA